AUGCUCUCAACGGCAACUCCCAGCAAUAACUCCUCGCAAACCUUGCUACCUUCCGACCAGCCACCAGACCCUUCUUUAGCUUCGUCAGGCCCAAGUUUGGUGCUGGCGACCGGUACGACCACCUCCAAAAUGCUGAUCGACUCGUCGGCGACUACCCACCAACCUUGCCCACCUCUGGCACCGUCGCAACAAUUCUCUUAUGCCAAGGCGGUGACAGGGUGGAAAAUUGCGUCGGCCUCCCCCUUGGGGGGCAACCAAUGGACUCCUGUGGGUGCUAACGACCUCAUACCAGGCGAGCGUAACGGAGAACCUGCUCUGAAUGUCUCUCCUGAUUUCAAGAACAAGAUCUGUGCGCCGUGGCAACGCACUUUGGUUGUCCGGCUGCUUGGCCUUAAGAUUGGAUUUGUUACGUUAUGCUCCACCCUCCGCAGUCUCUGGAAACCAGCCGGUAAUAUGGAGAUCUUAGACCUUGAUCACGACUGCUUUCUGGUGAAACUCGACAAUGAAAAAGACUAUUUUCGAGCGCUUAGGGAUGGCUCGUGGGUGAUCUUUGAUCACUACCUCGCUGUUCAACAAUGGACUCCACACUUUAAGGUCUCAGAUCCUCUUCCUAAGAAGAUGAUCGUGUGGGUGCAGUUACCGGCUUUGAAAAUUCAUUUCUACCAUAAAGAAGUCCUCACAACUCUCGGAAACCUCAUUGGAAGAAUCAUUAAGCUCGAUUAUCAUACGCUCAAUCGUCAACGGGCGAAGUUUGCCCGUCUCGCGGUGGAGGUUGAUUUGGCCAAACAUCUUGUUCCACAGAUAUGGUUAGAUGAUGUGUGGCAAAAAGUGGAGUAUGAGAACUUGUCGGCAGUCUGUUUUGAAUGCGGGAAAAUCGGGCAUGACGCGGCGGAAUGCCCACAAAUUUUUCGGAUCUCACCGCCAGCGACCCUCGCCAUAACCGGUCUGGUGGCCGCAACGGAGACGGCGGAGCAAGUCGUCGAUGAACCUAACCCAGGAUUCGGUCCUUGGAUGCGGGUUUCACGCAAGGGUCGGCGGAAUCUGAGGGAUCAUAAAAAGAAAGGAAAGUCGGAGAUUGAUAUCAAGAGUCAAAAUCAAGGGAAUCAAACCAACUCGGGGAAAGUCGGAAGCAACAAUAAGGAAAGACUUAUACCUUCUCCCACGCCCACGUCCCUACCAAAAGUCUCUCAGCAACGGUCCUCAGGCCAAGAUAAGAAGGUUGGAAACAUGAAGAAAAAAGUUGAAGAAGGAAAGAAAGGGAAAGCAAUUAUGAUCUUGGAGAUGGCGGAUAAUAGCGUGAGUAUUUUGGGCCUAGGACCCUCCCGAAACCCUACACUGACUAUCGUCUCUAAAGCGGUCUCCGCGGCCAAUCGGGCCUCCUCUUCGGCCCACCUCCCUCAAUGCACACUAGCAAGGUUCCAUCCAAGGAGGAACUCGGCCAUGGGGCCUCCCCUCUCCUGUAGCCCAAUUUCCAGACGGUAG